AGGAGAGGAAGCGCGCGCAGCGUCGCCGCGCAGAUGGUAUGGAUUACACUGUCUAGCUCGUGAAGGUGACAGAUGCUGUAAAAUUUUAAAAUAAGUUGAACGAUUUCAUUCAGAACUAAUCAAUAUCAAUCAACUUUUGAACACUGACAACAGUAAGACAAAAGAAAGCCUUCAUGAAACUCUACCGCCAUCUGAGGAUAGAUUUCAGCAAAAAGUAUUUACUAAAUUCCGAAAGCUGACAACAAGACAGAAACAAAACUUUAAAAUUUUAAAAUCAUCUGAGCAUAGAUUACAGCAAAAUUUAUUUACUAAAUCCCGAAAAUUGACAAGCAUAUAGAAAAAACACAUUCAUGAAACUCGACCGUCGUCGCAGCAUAAGCUUCAGCAAAAAGUAUUUACUUAAUCCCGAAAAUUGACAAGCAUAUAGAAAAAAAAACACAUUCAUGAAACUCCACCGUCGUCGCAGCAUAAGCUUCAGCAAAAAGUAUUUACUAAAUCCCGAAAGCUGACAAGACACACCAAAAACCAGCGGAUGAAAUUCUACUCUCGUUUCAACAUCACCUACAGCAUGCAGACGAACAACUGCAGGUCUCUGGUGCUGUUGGUGGGGAUGUCUCUACUGGUUGUGCUCUGCUUCGUCUUGCCGUCUGCUCGGGAGAUCUACUUCCAGUACCCCUCGUGGCGUGACGUCAGCCUGUACCAGAUCAUCAAGAUGCACCUGGCGCCCCGCCCCUCCCACAUGAACAGGGUCGUCAGGUGCCCGAACCUCACUCAGGUGGAGGUCAAGAGGUCAGAUCUGGAGCUGGAAAAAAUUAAUUUCUACGAGGAUACACGAGAAAAACUUAGACAUCUCGCACCGGAAGAAGACUGGAAAGCGAGCUUUUACCCCGCAUUAGAAAGAGAAGAGAAGAUUGACCUACUACACGUGUACGGCGUGUUCAAGCACGCGCUGGACUCGGCUGGACUCGAACACGUGCUCCUGCACGGGUCCGCCAUGGGCGCGUGGAGACACCACGGCAUCACCCCCUGGGACGACGACAUUGACAUCGGGGUCAACGUCCGGGACUGGCUGGAGAUCAAGAUGGCGCUGACGUGCGUGCAGGGCUACACGCUGGAUACCAGCACCAACUCCAAGUGGUCUUUUUUUAAAAGUGACGGAAAACUUAUACCCGACAACACCGUGAAAAAGUGGCCAUUCCUGGACAUCUUUUUAUACACUGAGGACAACAACUAUGUAUGGGGGUUGAACUACGUCCAUCUUAGGAAGUUUGUGUUUCUAAAGAAGGAUAUGUUCCCUCUAAAAUAUGUGCCUUUUGAGUCGUUUAUGGUUCCUGUCCCCAGACACCUACGCACAGUUCUAGACCACCAGUACGUACACCCAGAGACCUGCGUCAGCCAUUACACGAACCACAGGCUAGGGGGCGACAAGGAGGUCAUCUCAGUACCGUGUACGGCACUAACAGAUCUUUACGAUAUGUUCUUCCAUACCUCCUGA